CAAGUGCUUAAACUUACUUAUAUUCAUAACUAAAAAACCUAAUCCCCUAUAAUCAUAAACAAACACAGCCUUCCCGAAACAGAGCAAGCAACAACGACAUCUCAUGUGCCUGUUUUCGAUGUUCCUCUGCCUAAACUUUUGAGCCUUAAAGUACUUCCCAAUCCAAUCCAAUUUCUCGCUCGUUCCAAAAGCGAUUCCUGAACCAUACGCAUCAGAUUCUGCGUUUCCAACAAUGGCUUCUGCGAGGGUACCCAUUCCCAAGCUGGGUUCCUUCCGCUACAGCUUCAAGGAGAGGAAGGAGAAGCUCCUCUCCAUGAAGAGCAGCCUCAUCGGCUACUCCCAAAUCGGUAUCCCUCUCCCGGAGUCCGACGAUGACAACGACGGACCUCCAGGGAGUAAGAACUGCUGCAGAUUCUGCUCGUACCGCGCCCUCUCCGACAGGCUCGUCGGCGCGUGGAAGACGACGAAGCGCGUGGCGGCGAGGGCGUGGGAGAUGGGUCUUUCUGAUCCGAGGAAGAUCGUGUUUGCGGCGAAGAUGGGUCUCGCUCUUAUACUCAUUUCGUUGCUGAUUUUCCUCAAGACGCCGUUUGAGGAUUUGGGUCGACAUUCUGUUUGGGCUAUUCUCACUGUUGUUACAGUCUUCGAAUUCAGCAUUGGAGCAACUCUUAGCAAAGGAUUUAACCGAGGAUUGGGGACUUUGACAGCUGGAGGACUUGCUGUGGGAAUGGGAGUGUUAUCAAAAUUGGCUGGACAAUGGGAAGAAAUCAUAGUAAUGGUUAGCAUCUUCAUUGUAGGAUUUUGUGCCACAUACGCAAAACUAUACCCAACGAUGAAAGCGUAUGAAUAUGGUUUCCGUGUGUUCUUGAUCACCUAUUGCUACAUUAUUGUAUCGGGGUAUCAAACGGGAAAAUUUAUUGAUACAGCCGUCAGUAGAUUUUUGCUCAUUGCGCUUGGAGCUGCUGUAUCAUUGGGGGUAAAUGUAUGCUUGUAUCCAAUCUGGGCUGGAGAGGAUCUACAUGAUCUUGUGGCAAAAAAUUUCAUGGGGGUUGCAGCAUCACUAGAAGGUGUUGUAAAUAAUUAUCUUAAUUGUAUUGAAUAUGAGAGGGUGCCUUCAAAAAUUCUUACGUAUCAAGCCUCUGAUGAUGUGGUCUACAGUGGCUACCGAUCAGCUCUUCAAUCUACAAGCACAGAGGAUGCAUUGAUGGGUUUUGCUGUCUGGGAGCCACCUCAUGGUCGUUAUAAAAUGCUUAAAUAUCCAUGGAGUAAUUAUGUGAAAGUAAGUGGCGCACUAAGGCAUUGUGCAUUUAUGGUCAUGGCUAUGCAUGGAUGUAUACUUUCUGAAAUACAGGCUCCAGCUGAGAAGAGACAAGUUUUCAGCAACGAGAUAAAGAAGGUGUGUUCUGAAGGGGCUAAAGUUCUACGGGAACUUGGGAACAAGGUUAAAAAGAUGGAGAAACUAGGCCAGGAAGACUUUCUUUUUCAAGUACUCGAGGCAGCAGAAGAGUUGCAACUGAAGAUAGAUAAAAAAUCUUUCCUUCUUGUAAAUUCAGAGUGCUGGGAAAUCGGAAACCGGCCAAAAAAGGAAGGUGAUUCUCAAGACCUCUUGAACAUGGACGAAGAAAGACAGUUUCUGGAGUACAAGUCUCUUAGUGAAGCUGUGCUUGAUCUCAGAGCUGUCAGAGUUCCGAAAAGUUGGGAAGGACACGGAACACACGUUGCUCCUGACAUUAACCACGCAGUGCGUGAUGAAAACAUGUUCAAGUCACAGAUAUCUUUGCCUGCCCAUAUUUCCUUGAGGCCAGAUGCUUUGAUAAAAGAGGCUGAAUCAAAAACCUAUCAGAGUGCUAGUUCACUGUCUUUGGCAACAUUCACAUCCCUUUUGAUUGAGUUUGUGGCAAGGCUCCAUAACCUAGUGGAUUCUUUUGAAGAAUUGGGUGAGAAAGCAAACUUCAAGGACCCUCUUGAGAUGCAAGCACCAGCAACUUCUGGUGGGUGUUGGACAAGGUUGUUUAACUCUUUGAAAGGCAACGAUUGAGCGAAACAAGUUGUGUUUUCUCAGAAGUCGUGUUUUUUUUUCACAUUCUGAGCUAAAGAAAUGGAGAAGCAUGUAGAAAUGGAAGUACUUUCACUUACUAACUGUAAAACAAACACAUACUUAGAUAUAUACUUGCUCGUGGUAAAACCAUGAACAGAUCCUAAUGCUGCUGUCCCAAAGUCAUAAUAUGCUUCACUGAUUGUUUUA